GUUUUUUUUACAACGAUGGACCCUUUUACACAGCGAAUGCUUGAAAAAGCCGAACAACGUAGCAAAGCGCUUGGAAUAAGCAAAGCCACUAAAUUUGACCUCCCUCAAAGUGAAAAUACAAAUCCGGUUUUCAAGAAGCCCACACAACAGCAAUCAUCGCAAUCGAAGGCUUUGGUUUCGUCUGCAAGUAGUAAUUUGACUCCUUUGCAACAAAGUAACUCGGGAGCGGGACCAUCAUCAUCGUCAAACAAUCGAUUGAAUGUUGUCCAGAAAAAAGUGGAAAACUUCAAUGAUAAAAAUGACAACACGAUGUCGCAAGAUAAAGUCCGGAGGCAAUUUUCUGUGGACAAAGAAAACAUGGAUCUGGGCAUUGAGAUAAACAUAACUACGGCUAAGAAUAUUGAAGUUCAAGUACAAGUUGAAGAACAAGACAUAAGCGAUGACAGUGAAUCAUCGAACCAACCCAUGGCUAAAUUACGAGAUACCUCUCGUAAUCGCUUGCAACGCUUAGGUGCAUUAUAUUCCAACAAUGAAAUAUCCUCACCAAUUCAUCGCACUGAAGCUAAUUUUCAUGAAAGUGUCCAAGAUGAUGACACCGAAGUCGUUUCCAAACGACCCAGACAAAGAUUUUGUAAACUUGCUGCCCUAGCGAAUUCAAUAAACAACUGGGAAGAUGAUACUGCCCAUAUUGAUGUGAAAUCUGUUGAAUUAAAACCUGUCGAUGCACCAUCGCCACGAAAAGAACCCGAAACUAAGUCAAGGAGAAGUCCCCAACGUAAACCACAAAUUGUCCAACAUCAAUUGAAAGAAAAACCUCAAUCCAAAACUGAUAGUGAUGUCUCAACGACAUCAUCAAACAAUAAUGGCAAUGGCCCCACCACUUCAUCUAAAACAAAACAUUUAAAAUGGGAUCAAAGAGUUAUGGACACUUUGGAAGCACAAGGCUUCCAACGAAGGGAUUCAACAAAUCCAAAACUCGCUUAUGAAUAUGAAAAACAACCAACAACAGAAGUUGUGACCGUUGCGAAUGAAAAAGAAAAGCCAAAAGCAGUGACUAAAACAGUCAACGAAGCGCCUAAAGUAAAACCAGCUGAGGCAAGGAAACAAGAACCAGCAACAACUGCUACUGUUAAAACUGGUCUUGUAUCAGGAAGAGCUGCAGUCUUUGAAAACAAAACACAAAAAGUAGUUCAAGCUAAACCACAAAAAGACCCAACUGAACUUUCACUAAAAGAACGGAUGAAUCUGUUUGAGAAAAAUAAAGGAGAAGCUCUGGUGCCAAAGGCUGCAUUUGGAAUGGCUCCAUCGAUAAGCAAAAUUCGUCAAGAUAAUAAAAGAGUUGCUGAAACCAUUGCUGCAACAAAACAAGCUGUUGAGGAGUAUAACAAAGCUCCGAUUGCUGUUGUGAAAAGUAACGCCGAUACUAAAGUCCGCAAUAAAGUAGCUGCUUUAGUCGCGAAUGCAUCAUCGACAAUUUCUGAAAAUAGAAUCAAAGCCGAAAUCACCAAGCAACGGCAAGAGGAUAUGCAGGUAAUUGCAAAUCGUUUCAAUAGGCAGAAAGAACAAUUCCAAAAGCAACAGCAACAGCAAACCAAGGACGAUGAGGAUGCCAACGACGACGACGAUGUUGAUGAUGAUGAUUAUAUCGAUGGUGCAUCUACAAGUGUAGCUCAACCGAAAGAAGAUAAAACGACCAAAGGUUCAUCGAUGGUACCACCUCCUCCACCACCACCAAUGCCGGCCGGCAACACGAAUACUUACAAGAGACGAAGUCCUGGUAAUGCUAUUGAUGAAAUAAAACGUGCCAGAAAAUCAAAUGAGAUGAAAUCUGCUCCCACUAGUAGCAAUCGAUUGUAUCCGGCUUUGUCUGACUUUGAAUCGAAUGAAUCCGAUAACGAUAAUUGCACUACUGCAACAAUAUCCGCUGAGGAAAAUCAACGCAAUCGUGAUCAAUUCAAUGAGAGUUACAUGGAUUCAGAAGAAGACAGUACAGCUGGAAUUUGCAACGUUAGCUUGGGUCGUGAAAUAAUGCAAGUUGUUCAGUCGAAUGAAUCUCAACAAAACAACAAUGCAAUUGCAAGACAAAAGGAAGUACGUUACGCUGAAAAGGAUCAGUACUACGGUGACAGUUCAAUUAAUUCGUCUGAAGAAGGUUCAAUGGGCAUAGACGACUAUCUAGAUGAAGCACUCGACGAAGAUGUUGAUAACUAUGGACACAGUAACGAUGACGAUGAUGACACUGAUGAACAAAAUGAUAGCAAAGUAUCUAGAUCGAGCAAAGGAACAACAGCAUCAAAUAGUUUCUCCUUUAAGAAAACACCAAAAAAAUACACCCAUUGCAUGCCGAUCUCAGAGGAAAAUGAUGACUAUCAAACGACCUCGGUUACACCAUUCCAAACUCCAGUAAAAUCAGCUUUGACGGUAAAUCAGUCGGAAGAUGAAAACACUGUUACACUAGUGCACACAGUGAGUUUCUAUCGACGUCAGCAAAAUUCAAAUAGUAACAAUUCAACGCCAGUCCGUAAAAUCUGCCGAGAGCAAGAAAAUCAACGUUCUUCGGAAGAAAACAAUGGAUAUCGCCAUAACCAACACCAUCAGCAGCUGCAACAGCAUCAUCAUAAUAGUCAUCAAACAGACACAGAAGGUUAUUCUGAAGAAGAUGAAUCCAACUCUGAGUCAGAUGUACCAGAUGAUAGCUUUCUGGUGCAGGACAAAAUCAAAAAACUUUUAGAUGAGGUUUGCAAACAGCAACAGGUUAUUGGGCAAACCAGUCAGGCAUUAAAUUUGUGUGCUUCUACAAUUGAAUUUUCCGGAUCGACAGAAUCUGUCGAAGGCGAACGUCAUUUAUUGGUUGCAACACAUCGUCGACAAGCAUCGCUGGAUGAAAUCCAAAGAUUGCGUGUUGAAAACAGCCUCCGGCCACUUGGUGCGCCAAAAGAAAAAGGUCGACUCACUAUCCGAGAGAUAACCAUUCCACUGAGGCAGGAUUACAUAAGAAAGCUAUCUGCUGACACCAUUUCAGGGCAUCAUUUAGUUUGUCUAUUAAAAUACAACGAACAUGUCCUGGCCACAAAGACCGUACCCACACUGCCCGGUCUGGUUGCUGUCAAAUUUCCCGACACCUUGCAACUAAAUAAUGUUUAUGCUGAUUUUAGGGUUACCCUUGAAAUUUAUGGAAUGACAGCUCAACGAGAAGUCCUACCACACGAAGUGAAAUACCACAUUAACAUAAACAAAAAGGGUGGCGUUAAGACCCCCAAAAAGAAGGGCAACGAUAAUCGUCUUGUAAUGCCGAUUGUACAAUCGUCAGGUGGGCCACAUGUUGUCCGUACUCCGGCGCUAGUUCAAUACGGAUUUGCAAUAUUCUCGCUGCGAGAAAUUCAAAGGACCACCUGGUCUCUCACACAGGUUUUGGGCGUUAGUCCAUUGGAGGGUGUUGUGCACAUGAAAGUCAAUUGUGAGCUAUCCGUUUCGGUGGAACACAAAGGAUUCCUAACGAUGUUCGAAGAUAUUUCCGGCUUCGGAGCCUGGCAUCGGAGAUGGUGCUAUCUUAAUGGACACGUUGUCAACUACUGGAAGUAUCCAGACGAUGAAAAGAAGAAGACCCCAAUGGGUUCGAUUGAUUUGUACACUUGCUGUUCGACAAAAGUCACAACGGCACCCAGAGAUGUUUGUGCACGAUUAAACACAAUGCUGUUGGAAUGCCAACGACCGGCCCGAGAUGAUGAUGUCGAAUCAAUGCUGCUUGUGCCAAAUGGAAAGAUGACAAUCGUAAGGCAGCUAUUGUCUGCCGACACAAAAGAGGAACGCGAAGAAUGGUGUGCUUAUUUCAAUAAAGCGUUAACUUUGCUUCGGGCGUGGGGUGGUGUACCACCACAACAACAAUAAAUUAUUGUUGUGGUUCUAUGAAUAAAUAUCUAUCUAAAAACUUAGGCAAUAACAAAUCAAGAUAGUUUCGAUAAUAUUAGAAUUGAAAAGUAGAUUAGUUUUUAGAUUUCCAGUAUUUUUUGAAGUGACAAGAAAUGUUAUUAUUUUAUAACUUGGCUGAUUAACUAUUAUGUUUGAACUUAAAAAGUCAGAUAUCAUUACAUCUGGCGUUCGUAUAUUUAAAUACAAUUUAAACAACAAAAAUUCAAUUUACUAAUAUUUAUGA